CCUUAAUUAGAUAUUAACUAACUUUUAAUCAGAGUAUAAUAACAUUUAGUUACAGAAGAUGAACAAAAUGAAAUGGAAGAAAACACAAUUCAAAGUGAAGUUUUUGACAAAAGUGUUAACGAUAAAAUAAGAAUGAUUUUAGAUCUAUUUAGAAAUAAACUGCCCUGUAAGAGUAAACAUGUACCAAAAGAACUUCUGAAUAUUCCAGAAAUUAAGAACAGACAGACAGAAAUGAUGGUGCGAUUUUGUAAGAUAAAAUGCCCACAAAAUAAAAUAUUUGAAGUGCGAGAUAAACAAGGAAAUGUAAUUGAAAGUGCAAACAACAGUGCUGGUAUAUAUUCCAUGAUCCAGGGAGUACCUGUUCCACCACCAACAAUUAUACGCACAACAAUUUAUCAAAGAUAUAAUAAAAAAGCAAUCCUUAUAUGUCCAGGAUAUUUAAAUGCAGAUAUACCAAUUACUUGGAAUGUUAAUAACAAAAUCUUGAAUCCAGAAGUUAUUAAAAGUCAAUCGCAAGGAAGAAUUUAUAUUAAUCCACAAAUGCACAUAAUUUUCAAGUCAUUAAAAUUCGAAGAUUCGAACGUUUAUAGUUGUUGGCAAAAAGAUAAAAUCAUUGGUGUAAUGAAAUUAACUGUAACUGGAGAAUUAGAGUUACAAACAAAUUAUAGUGUAAUUAUGAUUGGUGGAAUUUUAAUAAUUAUUGUAUUUAUGAUGAUAUUUUGGAAAGCAUUCCAAGGUCGUAAACGGUUUACAGUACAUUAAUUACAUUAUAUACUGUAUUUUUAAAUUAAAAUACUAUCAAUAAAUAAACAUUUUUUAAACAAAGCAAAAC